AUGGGAGACCUGCAGACCCAGGAGGGGGAGAGCAGAGCCCUGCUGCACAGGAGGCCCAGCCGCUCCUCCCCCACCACACUGGCCCUCCAUGGAAGCCUUGGUCUCCAGCACCCUCCUGCUCUCCCCUCUGCAGAUGCAGUGAGCUGGGCCCGAGGACAUCCCAGCCACCCCGACACACCACCCAACAUCUAUGAAGGGGGACUGGGGGCCCAGCAGCAGCAGUGCCCCAGUGUCCAGGGAAGCAAGCCCAAGAACUUCCGGCUGCGCCACCUCCGGGGCCUGGCUCUCUACCUGCCGGGCCACAUGCAGGCUGCGGGCCAGUGUGAGAGCCACUGGUUGGGCUGGCUCAUGGCCAGGGGCUGCCUCCCACAGCCUGAGGGCAUGGCCUGGCCCUUAGACCUGCCACAGGGGACUCUGGGCCCAGGUAACAGCCACCACUCAUCCCUUCCAGAAGCUCCAGUGCCCAGGGACAGCCUGGGAAAUACAGCUUCCAGUUCCAGCGUGGACCCAGCCAGGGGUGUCCCCUCCCAGCCUAGUCCCUCCGAAGGCUUGGGGCUCAGGCCCAAAAGGUCCUGGGGGGCCUCAGAGGAGUCCACAUGUCCUUUGUGCAAGAGAACCCGCUCUGGGGCUCUGGAGAGACCAUAG